AUGGCUCUCCGCGCACCAUCAUCGUCAUCGCUCGCCCUCCUCGCCCGCCUCACGAAGCCCACGACGACGCAAACCCAAGCACGCACCUUCGCCAGCAGCGCCGCCCUCGGCCACAAGUCGACCAAGUCCAAGCUCCGCGACGACCACGAGGGCGUGCCGCGCUACCCGUACGGGCCAAGCCUAUGGUACAAGCAGUCGAACCGCGGCCUGUACGGCGGGGCGCGCAUCCAGUUCGGCAACAACGUAUCGCACAAGACGGAGAUCAAGACGCGGCGCAAGUGGCGGCCCAACAUCCAGCGCAAGAGCCUCUUCUCGCGCGCGCUGAACCGCACCGUGCGCGUGCGCCUGUCGACGCGCGUGCUGCGCACCAUCGACAAGGUCGGCGGCCUCGACGAGUACCUGCUCGGCGAGAAGAGCGCGCGCAUCAAGGAGCUCGGCAUGGGCGGCUGGCUGCUCCGCUGGCGCCUCAUGCAGACCGACGCCGUCAAGAAGCGCUACGCCGAGCAGCGCGCCGCCCUGCUCCUGGAACCCGAGGAGACGCGGGGCAUGGCCGGGGAGAAGGUCACGGAUGAGCAGUUGGCGACGCAGAUCAGGGCAUACGACGCGAUGCUUGAUAAGCAGGGCAGCACCGUGCCGUUGAGCGAGGCGGAUCAAGACGCCGUCAUCCAGGAGGCGGAUCAGGAGGCUGUGGACCAGACGGCGGAAAAGGCUGUGGGCACGAAGAAGGCAGCUCCUAAGGUGGUGGCAUAA